AUGGGCAGUUUUGAAGCUAGACGAGCUAGCCUUUUUGAUAUGCCUUCUACUAUUCCAACAGCCAGUAAUGAAACUGAGCCAUUGGUUCUGGUUGAUUCUCUCUUGGAAAUUUUUGAGAGCUCUUUCACCAUCAGUAGGGCUUCCUCACCUUCACUGGAUUUGGGUAGCUGUUUGGAGUUGCUGACAUUGUUCUCGAGGAUCCCCUUUGAAGCCUUGCAAAGACCUAUUAUCAGGAAUGGUUUCCUCCAGUGUGUCAUCAAUCAGGAGAUCAUGGUGAGAACAAGGACAGAGGAGCAGGAAGAUGCUACUGUCGCACGGUUGGACAGGAUGGAGAGAAUGAUUAUGGAAAUGGCGGCGACCUUACGGCAACAGCAGCAACAGCCACAACAGCAGCAACAACCACAAGAACAACCGCCACCGCUGCUGGUACCUCCACCGGUAGUACCAGAGUUCCAUGCUGAAGACCGAACUAUCACUCUCACUAAGGAGUUUAAAAAGAUAAAACCACCAUCUUUCAAAGGAGGGAUAGAACCGAUGAAAGCUGAGGCCUGGGUGUUGUGCAUAGAGAAGUUAUUUGAAGUCUUUCCCUGCACCGAAGCUCAAAAGGUGCAACUAGCUGCCUUCACUCUUGAGGACAAGGCACGGAGGUGGUGGAUGCUUACGAGAGUAAUCCAUCCAGGGUUAACAUGGGACAGAUUUCUGGAGCUGUUUUAUGAUAAAUACUUCCCUCAAAGCAUGCGGGAUAAAAAGGUGACUGAAUUUGAAACUCUCAGACAAGGGAACAAGACUGUUGCUGAAUAUGAGGCCCAAUUUGCAGAGCUAGCCCGGUUUGUACCGCACAUGGUGGACACGGACUAUAAGAAGGCACGAAAAUUUGAAGGGGGCUUACGGGGUGCUAUCCUGGACCGAGUUAAUAUGUUAAAGUUGCCUACUUAUGUAGAUGUGUUGGAGAGGGCUGUUAUCACUGAGGGAAACCUUGCUGCUCAGAACCGGAUUUCCGAGUGGAAAGGAAAGAGGAGGCAUCGUGGGACGUGCCAUUGGAAGUCUGGAGCCUGUUAUCAGUGUGGCAAAACGGGUCAUUUGAUAAGGGAUUGCCCUCAGAGGAAUCAACGAAAUGGCAAUAGAGCGGCUACUAGUUCAGCGGUAUCUACACCAACUACUAACACCAAGACACCGGUCAAACCUAACAACAAUAAAGACACUGUGAGGCAAGGCAGGGUAUUUGCAUUGGUUCCGGGAGAUGUGCAAAAUGCAGCAACAGUGGUGUUAGGUACAUUUAUGGUUCACGGUCAUUCUGCUUCUGUUUUAUUUGAUUCUGGUUCUACCCAUUCUUUUGUGUCGAAACUAUUUGCUCCUAAUCUAGAUAAACCAGAAGAGAUAUUAUCUUAUAUAUUGUGUGUGUCCUCACCCUUGGGGGAUUCUAUGAUCUGUACUUCUGUAUAUGUUGCUUGUGAACUCCACCUUGGGGAUAUUCGGGUAUAUGCCAAUUUGUUAGCUCUCGACAUGAUGUAUUUUGAUAUUGUACUGGGAAUGGACUGGCCGAGUGAACAUGGUGCAACUAUAAAUUGUUUGACGAAGCAAGUUAAUUUCCACCCUCCGGGUCAAGCAGAAUCUACAUUUCAAGGACAAGAGGUGACUUCCCCACCGUAUUUGAUUUCUGCAGUAAGGGCUUGUAGGUUAAUUCAAAAAGGGUGUCGAGGGUAUUUGUGUAGCGUUUUGGAAGAGCAAAUAAUGAAUGAGGGUACUGACAUAAUUCCAGUUGUUCAUGAAUUUCCAGACGUUUUUCCAGAAGAGUUACCAGGGCAAUUGAUAGACAAGGAAAUUGAAUUUACAAUUGAAGUGGCACCGGGAACUCAACCCAUUUUGAAAACUCCGUAG